AUGACACAGUGGCCGGCUCGCCUGCGCUCUCGCCUGACAUGCGGCCGCACGUGGUGCUGACGCUGCUGCUGCUCAUGGCCGCCCGGCGGUGGGACGUGGUGGGCGCGGCCGCGCAAGACGCCUCGUGCUGCUCUGACGUCAGCGGAUCCUGCAGGACGGCGUGCGAGCAGAUGUCUCUGGCGGACAUGGCAGUGGACGCGGAGGCGCGGGCGGCACGCGUGGACGCCGUCAGGAUGCUGUGUCCCCAGCAGCUGGGUCAUUUCUGGGAGUGCCUUAACAGGACAUUCGAAGAGGCGCGCCGCGCGGACCAGUGGCCGGGUCGCAGCUGCUGCGCGCUUCCGCAGUCGCCGCUCUGCCAGCAGGCCUGCCUGGCCGCCUCCUCCCGCGCUGACGUCACCGCCGCCUGCCGCUACAGCGACGAGAUCUCCUUCUACUCCUGCCUCGACAUCCAGAAGGCGGGGGACGAGUGCUGCGGCUCGGGGCGGACGCCGGCCUGUCGCGAGGCGUGCCGCGCCGUCUUCCGCGCCAGGGGGGCGGGCGCCCACGCGCCCCCGCAGGAGCUCCUGGACGACGCGUGCUCCGAGCACAGCCCGCGCGUGCUCACCUGCGUCCGCCAGCAGGCUGCCGCCUCGCCCACCAUAGACCCCAGAAACUACGUUCCUUGCUGCGACAGAGCCUCAACGACUGACUGCCGAGACGCCUGUCGGCGGAUACUCCGCACCGAGAACGUGGGCCUCGAGAUCGUGGACAGCCUGAAGGAGGCGGGCUGCGGCGAGCCGCUACCCCACGACCACCUUUGGCAGUGCUUCAUGCAGAGCCGCGACCGCAGCGAGGACACGAAGCAGUCGCGCAUCGACCUGCUGGGCAUGGACUCGGCCAAGCUGCACUGCUGCUACAAGGCGGCCAGCUCCAGCUGCCGCCGCCUCUGCUUCAAGACUUUCUCCAAAGAGUGGAUCCAGCACUGGAACGAGUUCAACACCAACUGCUUGCAGCAGGUUUCCGAGGACAGGCUCAUCCACUGUAUCGACGAAGUGGAAGAGCCGUGCGAGCUGGGCUGCGAGGGGCUGAGCUUCUGCUCGAACUUCAACAACCGGCCGACGGAGCUGUUUCGCAGCUGCAGCCAGACGGCGGACGAGGCGGCGCGCUACGACAUGGCGGUGUGGCUGCAGGACGGCGUGCUGGGGCUGCCCGGCUUCUCGCUGCCGCUGCUCAACAUCUCGCAGUGCUCGGCGCACGCCUGGAAGACCGUCGCCUGCAUGCUGCAGAUCAAGCCCUGCCACCAGGAGACGCACAUCAACAGGAUAUGCAAGGAAGACUGCUACGCGCUGCUGCGGCAGUGCCUGGACUGGCGGCGCGCGCCGGGCCAGUCUGCGGCCGAGCUGUGCUCGCGCCUGUCGGCGGACGGCUCGCAGUCGCCGUGCAUCUCGCUGCGGCCCUUCCUGCAGCCCAGCGACAGCCCGCACGUGCCGCCGCAGGACGAGCUCACGCUGCCCUGCAAGGGCGACCACCCCUGCAACGCCAGCCAGGUCUGCCAACUCAACCGCCACUGCUCCUCGGGGCACGCCUGCCGCACCUACCGCUGCACUCCCGGCUGCAAGCUGGGUGAGGUGUCUCAGUACCUUGUGCCGGAGGGUACUUUCGUCCGCAUUCCAGUCGUUCACGAACGGAAAGGGUGCUUGAAAAUCUGUCGGUGCUCUUCGCGGGGAUCUCUGGAGAGCUGCAGGCCCCUACCCUGCACAGAAAUGGAGUCCUGCUGGCUCGGGAACAGGAAGAUUGAACACAACACGCAGUUCCAGAUUGAGUGUAACACGUGCAGUUGCUUCGCCGGGGAAAUAACGUGCAGCAAGAAGCAGUGUGAGAUUUCGGCGCUGGGAGACCCUGACCCCGCCUACACGAGUCUUCCCUGUAACUGCCCUCCGCACUAUGUACCUGUUUGCGCCCGCAACGGGAACACGUAUCCGAGUGCCUGUCUUGCAAAGUGUGCUGGUCUGAGUGACGCAGAGUUUGAAUUCGGUCCGUGCUCUGCUAAGGAUCCGUGUGCCAGCCACACGUGUUCCAGGGGGCAGCAGUGUAUUCCAGACAGGAAGGUGUGUCUGUCCAUGAUGCACAAGUCAUGCAGGCAGUACAAGUGUGUUGAAACAACAGAACAAUGCACGAAUUUGCCUUACGACCCUGUGUGUGACACAGAGGGCCAGGAACACCACAACAUGUGCGCCCUCGUACGUUCCUGGAGAAGAUUUGCGUACAGUGGUCCUUGCCGAACGAACUGUGAUAACAACGGCACGGUGUGCGGCGCCGACGGCGUGACGUACCGGUCGGAGUGCGCGGCGCACGCGGCGCAGGUGCCGGUGGACUACGCUGGGCCGUGCACCGCCGUGGGCCAGAUCGGGUCUCGGCCCGCGCCGCAGUGCGACGCCGUGGGGGUGCGCUGCCCGCCGCUCGCCGCCGCCGCCUGCCUCGCCGUGACUCCUCCGGGCGCCUGCUGCCCGCGCUGCGCCGGCGCCGUCCGCUUCCUCUACAGCCAGAAGCAGGUGGAGCGCGCGCUGCACGUGAGCAAGGACGCGGCGCUGCCCGCGCUGACGGUGUCUGCUGUGCUGUCGGCGCUGGAGCGGCAGGUGCAGGUGUCGGAGUGCGCGGUGCGCGGCUACCUCAGCGUCGAGGCGGACCUGGUGGCCGUGGUGGAGGCGCGCCGCCGCCCGCCGCCGUCGCGCCUGCAGCUGGAGGCGUGCGCGCGCGAGGCGCUCAAGCUGGCCGCGCUGGUGCGCCGCGCCAGCCCGCGCGUGCUCAGCGAGUUGCCGCUCAGCGUGCUCGUCGCCGCCGCCGUCGCGCACGCGCCCGCCGCCGCCGCCUCCGUCGCCUCCGCGCUCGCCCCCGCCUCCGCCGCCGCGCUGACCCUCGCCGCGGCCGCCUGCGCUCUGUCGGUGCGGACCGGACGCAUUAAGAGGGCUCGGGCCAGCCGACCCGAGGCAGCAGCAGCAGCAGCAGCAGGUAAAAGGCUGGAUGGGGUUGCUCCCCCGCGACGCCUGUCAGCCGACCCGACACUGCGCAGGCGCGAGAGCCAGGAAGCGGCCGACCCAGAGAAUGGACCCCAGCUGCCGCUCUGCCCUCUGGGUAAACAACUGCGGCGCCGCAUCGCCGCCAGCGGGCUCUUAGUAAUCUGA